AAAAAAAUGCAUUUAUAAACUUUAUAUAAAUUCAUUUUAUUUUAUUUUAUUUUUUCUCUUCUUUUCUUCACUUUUAAUCUCUGGUAUAUAAUUCUAAUUUAAAAGAAAUGAAGCUCAUUCCUCAAUCUGUUUUCUUAUUUCACUUGCUUGUUCUUUCAAGCUAUGCUCUCCCAAUUGAACAAGAGUAUACUUUCAAAGAUUGUACAUCGAAACAAGCUGUUCUCUGUCAAGACUUUUUGCAAAAUGGUGGUUUGGACUGUCAUCGUAAUAGUCAAAUUAUCUGCUAUCAUGAAAAUCAAGAAAUGAACGAUCGUGACUACUGUACAUUUAAUGCUACUUACAGUUGCCGAACUUUCAGAACUAUCUACGGCUACUACUGUAAUGCUACAGACUGUAUACAAUCAAAUAAGGUUAUUUAAAAAAAAGAAAAGAAAAAGAAUCACUAUUCAUAUCUGUAUAUUCAAUAGUAGGCCUAUUUUAUUAUAUUUUAUUUCUUUUUUUUUUAAGUGUAAAAAAAAA